UGGAAAUGGAAUGAUAUGACGCAUAUUGCAUAUCAUUAUCAGUCGGUUUAUCGCAUUAAAAUUAUUUAGUAUUAGUGUGUGUUAGGUUUGAAAACUGCAAACACAAAUCAUGGAAAAAGUAGAAAAAAAUUUGCCUAUGCCACAGGCUGUGAAAACUUUACAAACAAUCCUGCAAUACACAACUUUUUGCUCACUUUGUUUUGAUUCUAAAGAAGGCAAGGAAGAAGAAUUAUUACAUUUGGAUUAUUUAGUGGUAUUAGAAGACUUAGGGCAAGAGAAGAUAACUCUUAGAGACUUACUGGAAGCUGUAUUUGGAAAUACUCAAGACUUAGUUACAAGUGACUACAUCUGCAAACCGUGCAAGUCCUUAGCACAAAACAGCUAUACUUUCAUUUACAAAACCAAGAGAGAUGUCCAAAUCUACACUAAGUACCUUGAACAACUUCUGAAGGAGACAUCGGAAUUGUCUGUGAAGUUCAACAGUGAUUGGAAAAGAGCUGUAAUUGUUUUAGACAAUUAUGAAAAAGCAGUGAAUUCCAAAACCGAAGAGACUGAUAAAUAUAUUUGUGAUAAGUGCGGCAAAGACUUUACACAGAAAAGUUUUCUGAUAAAACACUUAAAGAAGCACAAAACUGAUUUAGCUGAAAGAAAGAAAAGCUUUAGCUGUCCACAUUGUAAUAUAUGGCCAUGUAUACAUAAGGAAUAUAUACUAGCUUUUAAAGAACAGCAAGAAUUAAAAAUCAAACCAAUGUCCUGUUUGUGUGGGUAUACAUUUGGAAGGACCCUCUCGUGUCUUAUAACUCAUGUUAAUAAAGACCACUUGGAUAUAAAGCCUAAUACUUGUAAAUGUGGAAAGUCAUUUUACUUACGGAAGCAAUAUUGGAAACAUUUAGAACACUGUAAUAAUGAGCAUACUUGCGCAUCAUGUUUUAACAAAUUUCCAAAUUUGAAGCAGCUAAAGGAACAUAUAGAAACAUGUGUCACUGAGAAGCCAUAUAAAGUUAGUAAAUGCCCGGUUCGUUCAAAAACUAAAGUUGACCAGAGUCACAUAGUUAAACAUACUAGAAAACUUUCAAAAGUCAAAAGGAACAGAAUGUACCAAUGUCUCAUAUGCGAUAAAGUUUUAAAAACUAAGCUUCAAUUACGGUCACAUGUAAAUAAUAAGCAUGAAAAGAAACCUAAUCUAUGUCUUUACUGUAAUAAACAGUACAACUCUAGGCAAGAAUAUCUGGAGCAUGUUCAAAGCGAUGAACAUAAAAACAACAUACAAUAUGGUUUUAAACACCACUGUACUCAUUGUGACUACUCAGCGAAUACUCUACAUAUGCUAAAAGCGCAUGUAAAUAGAAUUCAUCUAAAUAUUCGUCCGUUUGAAUGUGAACAUUGCCAGAAACGUUACUUCGACAUAACACAACUGAGGAAUCAUGUGAAAAGUCACACCGGGCAACGGAAACUGAAAGUCUGUGACAUAUGUGGAGCUAAUUUGUCCGGUCCUACCGCAUUAAAGAAGCAUAGAAGAUUACAUACAGGUGAAAAUCCUUACUCCUGUCCGUAUUGUGAAGAAAAGAGUAACUGUGCGAGUACUUUAAAGACUCAUAUAAUGAGAAAGCAUAUGGAACCGACUAUUCAGUGUCCGCUCUGCGAGUUGAAGUUCCAUACAAUGAGCAAUGCUAGAGGGCAUGUUAAGAAGGCUCAUUGGAAGAGUAAGGAGAAGUUUGAUUAUACAAAGCUGAAGGGAUUGUCGGAGAAAGAUUAUGAUUUCUUUAGGGAUAGGAGAAAGGCUGUUGUGUAAUACUUUACUAUGAAAAUAAAGAUCAUGCAUGAAAUCUGACUAAUUACUUCAUAGUUUGAUAGUUUUAUUCGCAUCCUCUUACAUCUCAGGGUACGUAGCCGAAUGGCACAAACGCUCACGAAACGAAACGCUCGUAGAUAUCUAUCUCUAUCGCUCGUGCAUAUUGGCGCGACAGAGCGAGACCACCUUUCGCGGCGUUUCGUUUUCGUUCCGCGUCGCAGAAAUGCCAUUCGGCUACGGCACCCUGGUACGCAGACUUGUGGGUGCAUGGGGACUAUUUCUAUAUGUAUGUACACUAAAUAUCUGGAAUGAGGGGAUUCGAAAAGAGUGGCGAUAAGUUCGGGUUACGAGUUCCCUCUUCGCACGUGUUGUAUGACGUUUUCCAGUACAGUCAACGAAUUUGAACCCUAGGCCACUCUAUAACCAUGUCGAAAUGACAAGCAGUAAGAGAUUUCUUACAAUCUGAUUUUUUAAAUUUUGACUUAGUUGCAGAAAUGCCUAAUAAGCUCAUUACGUAACUAGUGCGGUAAUACUGUAAACUCUAUGGGAUGGCAACACUGAAAUGUGUUUGCCAUGGCAACCCAAAAAUUCAUGGAAUGUAUAAAUAAAAGAACAACUAUUACGUCAUCGAUUUAUUCCAUUACGGUUCAUACGGCUAUUAUAAAUAACUAGCGUAAGUUACAGACGAAUAUGGCCGAUAUUAUGUGUAAAUGUAUUCCUACUCGAUCCUACGUGGCAUUAUUACUUGUGACAAAUAUAUUUCAGGCGAUGGGUCAAAAUGACCCAGUACUUUUGUUUAGGCUUAAAUCUUCCAUUAAUGUUACUGAAACACAUUCAGCGGCUCUUUUUUAAAAAAUGAACCCGACUGUCGGGUUCUUGACCGAGAAUGUGUUAAAAACAUAAUGAAAAGAUUGAAUACAUGUGAACUGUCUACCAUAAAACAUUGUUUAUACUAAGCAUUUUUUUUAAUGGACAGUUUAAGUAUACUAAAACAUUUGAAAAUAAUAUCGACUUCAACAUAAUAGCUACAGCCCACUAAGCAGACCAAAGACUCAUGAGCAAAUGCUUGGAUAAAAGGAACAUGAUGAAUAGUCAAAGCUGGUGGGUCAGUUGAAAAACACGCGGCUAUUGUAAUAGAAGAGGUGAGGUACAUUAGUAUAUUCUACCAUGCGCGGAUCCAGGGAGGGGGGGGUGGGCCCCGGGGGGGCCUGGCCUUUACCACGUGACAACCCCCCCCUCCCGGGCACGAAGGUGGAUCCGCGCUUAUACCAUUUAGGUGUAUUUAUUUCGGUUAGGUAUAACUUAUACGGUAUAAGUAAUGCACAUAUUGUUACUACAAACUCUACAAUGGGGCUUUAUUUCAAAUAAAUAAGUUUAAUUGCGCAUAAUAUUAAACCGUGUUACCGUCUUUCAAACCUACACUUGAAUAUUGUCAAUAAAUCGAAAUACCAAUUUCAUCCUUUAAGAUACUGGGUCAAAAUGACCCAUAUACGAUACGUACCCAUUUUCAACGCUAUCUUCUUGUGAGACGAUUGAAUAUUUAUUAAUCUUGCUUACAUUGUAGUCUAUUUCGAUUUAUUUACAAUAAACAGUCAUCCAUCUUAGAACUAAGCUAUUUACAAAUUUAGAAAAGCUAUUUUUAAUAUAAGAUGUCUGCUGUGUGCAUUCAAACCUCGAGGCGACAGUACCCAAAGACUGGUAUAUAACUCUUUAAACACACCUAUUAAGGUUUUCACAUGAUUUAGGACAAACUCACGUAGCUACCUACGUGUAGUACAACUUUAGAAUAUGAUAGCAAAUCAAAACAAAGACAACAAUAUUGUCAAUACUGAUACCCAAUACAACGUUUGCACGCACACAGGACAUUUACAAAUUGCACACCAAUAUACGAGUCAAUGACGCGUAGCACCGUCAAAUACAAUAAUGAAUGUAGUUUAUUUAAUUUAAAACCAUGUCAUGAUGGUAUAAGUUAUCUGCAAAACGGAAUAUAACAUGACAAUGAAUUUAAAACUUGCAAAUCAGUAAAAAAUAAUUUAUGACCUCGGGAAAAAUAGUUUGUCUAUGACUAUAUUUCCAUUCUAAGUUUUAUUAUACCCAUUCUACGUUUGUUAUUAAUAUUAUAAGUACAACCAGUAAAUGUACUAAGGAGCGGAAUUUAAUCAAUAUUUUGUGGAGUAUAUUUGCAAGAUUUUCCUUUUUUUAUAAAUAAAACCUAUGUAUGGAAACGGAUUAUAUCGCGUAUACAAUUCAUCCCGACGCGACGUUUCGAACACUUUACAGCGUUCGUGGUCAACGGAUCACCAGUUGAUCCGUUUCCAUAGUUUUAUUUCACGAGUAACUAUCACGGUAACCGAAGACAAUAUUAUAAACCUUAAAUAUCUGUUGAAACUUAUAUAGGGUUUUAUUUCAUUGAAUGCUGAGAUAUUGUCUGAUAUUAAUCAUUUAUAGCGAAAAUCGAAUGUUUAAUCUCCUUAUGCCUUUAAAGGGUCAUUUUAACCCAUAGGUAUAAUUCAGCCAUAAAUAUCUUACACAUUUGGGUAAAUUAUGUAUGAAAUUGGUAUUUUUUUAUUUUAUAUUUUUUAUGUCGUCUAGUAGAUGGCGUCUACCCAUAUUACGAGUUGACAAGUGUCUUAUAAAUAUAAGUACGUCACUGGGUAAUAUUUAUCCAUGGCAUUUGGCUCGCACUGAUGUAAUGAUACGAUUGUGAGGACAUUCGAUCGAAUUAAAGACGUGGUAUGGCGACUGGUUAAGAUUAUAAGGAUUGUCAUAUUCUCCAAUAAACUACAAGUGCAAUUUGGACAUUACUGUAUAUUUUAUUAGAGGUGCUAUUACUUUUUUUCUAUUGGACAUUUAUUAUAAAUAUCUAGGUAUUAUAACUAAUGCCAGCGUGGUCAAAAAUAAAUUUAGGCCAAAAUAAACAUUUUAUUUCAUAGCAUCAGCCUAGUAAGGCAAAUAAAUUAUAGCAUCAUUUAAAAUAAUAUUUACAUUUUAAUCGACAAUGAUUAUCUGUUAGAAAACUAGGUACUUAAAAAAAUAAAAAAACGCUCUAUGAUAGCGAUUAUCUAUGGCAAAUUGUACUUAAUUAUCACUGUUAAAUGUGUAGGGUAAUAAGUAUGGGAAACAAAUAUUUAUAAUCCUGACUUAAACCAUUAAAAGCUUUUAAGCAACCAGAUAAAAAAACGUGACAGGCAACACUAUUUAUAAAUAAUUCUAAAAAAACGCUAGUGUUAAAAAAAUCUAUAAAAGUAAAAGAAAAAAAGUAUGAAAAUAUAAGAGUUUUUCCAGCAGGGUUAUUUUUACCCCGCGACCUAAAAUAAAAAAUAAUUAGUGUUGCCAGUAAAAGUAACUUUUCAGCUAAACAUACAAUUUUGGAAUUCUUUGGUAAAUCCAUACCAAAUAUUGUAAAGGUCUGAUUCGCCACAAUUAAACUUGAAACCUCUUAACUUUGGUACAGACCUAAGGCCGUCUAAACACCGGGUGACUUAGUGUGAACCACACUUUACUAACCUAAUAUGCGUCGUUUUCAAGAAUAAAGAUACACACUACGCUGUCAUUUAAGCAAUAAAUUAUUGCCUUCUUGACAAACCGUUUGAUAUUUUUUUCCUAAAGACGUCACAAUUAUUUUGUGACAAUUUACAUAAACAACGAGCAA